AUGAGGGUCCUCAUCAUUGGCGGCGGCCUCGGCGGUCUCUGUCUUGCAAAUGGUCUAUGCAAGUCUGAUAUCGAGAUACUCGUUUUCGAGAAGCAAUUGUCUCCUGAGGAAGGUCUGAGCGGAUACGGUAUCCAUAUCAACGGUCCGGGCAGGAUAGCUCUUCAGAGUUGUCUACCUAGAGCACAGUGGGAGCACUUUCAGAAAUUGAGCACCACUGCGGGCACCAAGAUGUUUUUCCGAGACGAGAGCCUUGGUCUUCUCGCAGAGCGUGAUGAUGCCUUGUUGAAUGGGAAGGCGUCGGACAAGAUUGAGCGGCGUGGGAUUGGACGCAUCGAGCUCCGUGACAUUCUUCUGGAUGGGCUAUCAGCCUCGGACAAGAAUAUCAUCCAAUGGGACAGGGAAUUUGCUCGAUAUGAACAUCAAGAUGAUUGCAGCAUUCGGGUACACUUCACGGGUGGUAGCUUUGUGGACGGUGAUUUACUUGUUGGUGCCGACGGAUGCCGAUCCAAAGUCAGAGAGCAGCGGCUUCCCUCUGUGAAUCGCGUUGAUCUGGGGAUCAACGCCAUUGCUGGCCGGUACAUGCCAGGGCACGACGAGCUUCCACGGCUGCCCAAAGCUUUCACAGACGGCUCACUGAACAACAUCGUCCCUGCAGGAAAGGGUUGGAUGUUCGUAUCGUCAUGGGAGGCCCAACAGGACCAGAGCGCCCGCAACAAUGAUCAAAAACGGCAAAAGUCAGUGGUCUGGGCGUAUGUGGUCCCAAAGUCGGGCACGAACGACUCGUUGAGACAGCUCUCAGCAGGUCAGUUGCUCGCAAGCGCCAAAGACGGUACUCAGAAGUGGUCACCAAAAGUGGCACACAUUAUUGAGAAUACCGAACCUGAAACGGUCACUCGAAUAGACCUGCGCUCGGCUCCUCAUCUCGGGCACUGGAAAGCAGACAACGUUACCCUCAUUGGCGACUCUAUACACAGCAUGACUCCGAUGGCUGACGUGGGUGCCAAUACUGCAUUACGCGAUGCGGAGCUGCUGACAAAAGUUUUGUCAAAAUGUGUUCAACGCGAUCAGUCUAUGGAGGAUGCAAUCAGCUUCUAUGAACACCGAAUGCGCGAGUAUGCAAAUGCGGCGGUCGCAUUAUCUAGGCGCAAUGCAGAGAGCGCCAGCUCGACAGGUCUGCUCCAGCGACACGCCUUGAGGACGGUUCUCAGAGCGGCUCAGGCAUCUGAAUUUAUAAUGCGAAGGACUAUUGGCAAGGCAGCUGUGGAGGGAGCCUAA